AAACGUGCACCUGGAUGGGGAAAGAGAAACAUUCUGUCAUCCUCAGAAAAAGACUUUUUAGAAUCUAAAAGGGCCCCCGGUUGGGGAAAACGAAGUUUGAAAUCAUUUGCAGCCGAUAAAAGGGCUCCUGGAUGGGGUAAAAGAGCACCCGGAUGGGGCAAACGUGCUCCUGGAUGGGGCAAGAGAGCUCCUGGAUGGGGUAAACGUGCUCCCGGAUGGGGUAAACGUGCACCUGGAUGGGGAAAGCGCGCUCCUGGAUGGGGUAAAAGAUCAAGUGAUGAGUGUAGUACAGUGGAAAAUGAAUUCAACUAUUACAUCAGUAAAGCCGUACAGGUU